AUGGAAGGCAUUAUCACAUGCACCAUUGGCAUCGUUGGAUACUUCCUCCUGGUGGGAUUUCCGGACGCGCAAAAGCGAACGUGGAGGUUCCUCUCUGAAAAAGAGACUGCCUGGGUCAUUUCCAGAGUCCAAGCCGACCGAGGAGACGCAGAGUUGCCAGCUUUCAGCAUCAAGAAGUUCCUCAGAGGGGGUGCAGACGUCAAAGUAUGGGCUCUGGCUCUCAUUUAUUUCAACAACGCUCUUGUCAACUUCUACAACAUGGGCUUCACCACAGGACAAGCCCAAAUUCUUACGGCACCUCCUUACGUCUUCGCUGCCAUCAUCAUGUACAUCACAGGCUGGCUAGGAGACCGUUACAUGUUACGGGGACCCAUCAUAAUUGGCGAUAUGGUUUUGUCCAUCACUGGCAUAUGCUUGAUGGGAUUCCACAACGAUGUUGCUGUGCGCUACGUUGGCGUUUUUCUAGUUACUGCAGGUGCGGUCAGUGCUACGCCUGCGACUAUGGCAUACCAGGCGAACAACAUCCGUGGGCAGUGGAAGCGCGCAUUCUGCAGCGCCUUCGUUGUGGCAAUCAUUCUCAACAUCAUUGUGGUUAUUUGUUUGAGCAUCUACUUUUACUAUUGGAACACAAAGGCUGAUGACGGUGAGAUCGAGCUUGAGGCAUCGGACGAAACCCAAGCAUCCGACUUCCGCUACACCUAUUGA